AUGUCCCAUCAUGUUCACCCUAACUCCAAAUCUCUCGAAUUACCUCGUCUUAUUAACGCUAUGACCUCCAUUAAGCAUUAUUAUAACUUGCUGAUACUCCUUGGUCACCUUGCUGGUCAACUUGGAGGAUUUGUUGGUGAGAGUGAGAGUGUUAAGAAAGCCGUUGAUAACGCCUUAGAUAUCUUUAAUAAGCAGCUUAAAGAAUGUAAAAACGCUAAAAAUCCUUCGCAUAAUCUUGAUUGUCAAGAUCCUUCGAAUUGUCAUGACAUCACUCAGCAGAUAGAGAAACUUAAGAGCCAAGAAAGUGCAAUUAAAAGCAACGUAAAUAAUCCAAAUGAAUUGCUUAAAAAUCUUUGUGACGGUCUUGAGACUUUCCUCGGCUUCAACUCCGACUCCAAAGGCUACACUGGUGAUGGGAUUGUGUACUCCGACCUUGACAGGCUGUGUGACGGGGUGAUGGGAUUUUUGUAUGGUGUUCUCAGUAACAUCAGAGAGCAUUUAGGGCAGCAUAAAGAUACUUUAAAUGAUGCAAUUAACAUUCUUAACACCAAUAAACACGCCGGUAAAAACGGUUUUAAUGAUGCGAUUGGAAAGGUGGUCGCAGGGGUGCGGGGGUAUAAUGAGAAGGUGAAGAGGUCAAAUGAUGAUGUCAAGGGCAAGAUAGAAGACUUGUAUAACUACGUCAAGACUGAAAAUGGAGGUAAGUUACGUAGUGAAAUUCAAAAUAUGCAGGACCCGGAAAAUCCCCUUCACUUCGACUCCGCUGUGUUCAACGCCGAGAAUCUAGUUAAGCAAGCUGUUGCGAAAUCAACGCACUUUGCAACUGAGCUUAAUAAAGCAACUAAAGACAUCAAUGAUUUUAAUUUAGAUUGCAAAACUAGUGUAAAUCACGCACAUAGAAAUGUUAAGCACGAAACCGAGCGACUAGAGCAGUCCGCUGAUAAGGAGCUUCGGGAGCUGAAGGCGAUGGAAGAUGUAAUCAAAACAACGCUUGAAGGCGUUCGACAGAAGAUUGCCGCGAACAUUAGGAAAGAUGUCACGGAGCUUGUGAAAAAGUGCAAAGCGACGUUACAGAGCAUAUUACGCCAGCUGAAGAAAAUAAGUGGCGAUUUGGAGAAAUAUGUGAAGCAGUUGGUGGAUUGGAUGGAUGAAGCGGCGCGAUUUAUCGACGACGCGGUGCAGAAGAUUGAAAAGAUAUUGCAAGAAAUGAAUGAAAACGACGCGUACAAAAAUGCGGGCAAAAUAAAGAAUGCAGUGACGCAGAUGGGUACUGAUAUAAAGACGCUGCACGAAGCUGGUAAAAAUGUGAAAGAAGGUAUCGUGGAGUGGGUAAGAACAGCGAACGAAACAAAAGUCAACCAACUUGACGGCUGGAAGACAGCGGCGCAGAAAGUUAUUAGCGGUGCGGUUAGUAAAGCGAGAGAGGUGCAUGGGAGGCUGAGUGAGAAGAAUACCAAUAUGAGCAACACAGCGAUUGGCCAAGGCAUUCAAGAAAUUGAAGAGGCUAAGAGACGGGUGUCGCAUGUUGAUACGGAGAUUACGAAGAAAGUUGAAGAUUUGCAGAAUUGGAAUAAAGAAGCUAAGCGUGUUGUGGAGAAGGCGGAUGCAAAGUGUAGAGAUAUAUUAAUGAAAGUAGAUGACACUUAUGUAACGAAUCGUAUGAAUGGAACAAAAAUAAGACAGGAAGCUAUGCACUUAGAAAAGGAAGGCAAAGCGUUAUUGAACGCUUACAAGGAAGCGCACGGUGGACUAAAAGACCUGGUUAAAGGCAUUCGCGGGCAAGUGGAUGGCCUCAAGGCACAUAUCGUCGACGACCUGACGAAGUUAAAAGGUGAUGUGGAAAGUGCGGUAGGAACACAUGUCACAGGCAUAAUCGACGCAGUGCUCAGCGCGGCAGGCAAAGCGAAAUACGACAGUAGUGGUCCGUAUCCGGGCGCCGAAGGAUUGCAGGGUGACGUUAAAUUAGGUAACAACCUUCGUGAGCUUGUUCAAAACAUCGGAAAUGAUUCCAUUAUUAAGACUAGAAUAGAGCUGUUGUUGGAAUAUCUUAAAAAUAAGCUUAAUGCUAAAUUCAGCUAUGCCGAGUUGUCCAAAGAACCGGAUAAAAAAGAGAUCAUCGAUAAAAUUAAAAAGGAUUUUUCGGACGCCGCCACGAGUAAACCAUUUAAAGAUCUCGAUACUGUGAAGAAUUCUGAUGAAGAUCACAAGAAGUUCAUGGAGAUUAUGCAGAAUUAUCACAGACACGCAAUCAAUCCAGCUACGAACCUUAACAGAGCCAUAGACGCAGUAAACACUGCGAUGAAUAAUUUCGAUGAAUUGGACGUUUUCAAAGUACAAGGUGCAAUAAACAAAGGGGAAAUCAAAGCUGCUGAAAAAGCAUUUAGAGCUCACGUGAACUCCAUAGAGACACAGCUCAAAUCAAUUACCGGGUUAGUCAAUAGCGAUAGGGGAACUAAGCCAAUUGGUACGGACCAAGAAGGCAUUAAGGAAAGACUACAAGAUAUGUCACGCGCACUCUCUGACACCCUAACAUCAUGGAACGAAACCACUGGUGGCGGCCACGUUCCUGGUCUGCCGGCCAUUCACGAGCAACUUCAAAAAUUGCAACACGACACGUUAAAGAAGCAACCCGAAGCUAUGAAUCAAGGCGUGCAGAAGAUUAGAGGGGAACUCACCAAACUCCAGAAUGAGUUACAUAACACAGGCAGCAAAGACGUCAUCAACAGCUUGGAAGAUCUACAAAAUCGAGGUCUCGAGCGAAAUGCAUGGGAAGGCCAAUCGUCAACGAAUGGUCUACUCCAAAUCAAGCAAGACAUCACCACCGCGCUGGACCAAAUCCGAGACGACGUGACCGGUAAUCUUGGUAUAAUUGACGGUUUUACUGCAGGCGCUCUAAGUCAGUUCAACGACGUCAUUUCUAAUCUCACGAAGCUAUGUGAAGAUGUGAAACACGAAGGUGACGGUGCAAAAUCGUUGUUGACCGCUUUGAAAAAUGAGAACAUCCGUAAAAAUCUUGAAUACAUCAAAACACAAAUUGAGAAUCUCAAAGACUUGGAUCUGAAAACUGUCAUACAGGAGGCCGAGAAGUUCCUAAGCAGCAUCGAUUUAUCAUGCGAAUCCACCAUCCAGUUGCUCGGGAACUCCGUUAUGGAACACAUCUGUGCAGCCGAGAAAACGCUGAAAACGCACGCACGCAAGCAGUACGUAGAUGCCAUUAAGUUCCUGCUUGAGCAGUUUGCCGACAAGGUCGCUGCAGAACUGAAGCCGUUGCCCGAGAAAAUUGCGAAGGAUCUGGAAAUCGGCCACAAAGGAUUUAUGAAGAAAUUACACGACAAGUUCAUAACGGACCCCAAAGGAAUCAUAGGGAUAAAAGACAUAGACUCUACUUCGUCCCCCAAAGGAACGCUUCCACUGAGCUACGCAAGUGCCAAAGUCCACAUGUCGCUCAGGGUCUUCGUGCGUCAUCUGAAGGAUCAACCGGACUUCAAGCCGGACGUCAGCAAAAUUAGCGCUGUUAAUGAUGCAAUCACCAAACUGCUCGAAGGACUGAAAGCAUCUCAGCACUUCGACGACACAUUCAGCACCAAUCUAGACGCCCUAAAUAAUGCCGUCACCUCCUUCAAACCCUCUACCUACGGCGCAGCCAAGUGCCCCUUGCUCCUCAAUGCUCUAAAAGCUGGCUUCACCCCUCUCGUCGAGGAGCUCAAAAAGGCAUACGUGAGCAGUUACUCCGGGAGACAAUUGCAAGAGGAAGAACUGGGACGCUACGCGAAAAUCUGUUGGACCAUCACGCCCAUCUUAUAUCAAGAAUUGACCGCCCUCAAAGAUCACCUUGAUAUUGAUGGUUGGACAGCUCAUAGAAUCUAUGACGCCCAUACACCCACCUCCAGCCUCCACGCUCUCUUCUUCCGCGACAACGGGUAUGACGUCCAUCGUCCUGAGAACGCUGAGCAUGGCGAACUGAAUCACAAACGUGACUUUAAUGGUAGCAGCAUUCUCAAACACCUAACUAAUGAAGCGCAUAAUCUAUUCAGUCAACGGUCAUCUCCCGUCACCGACAUUCCUCGAUCGGCAUCCGGGUCGGACGAGCUAGGUGUAACCGUCGCGGAGGAAAGUGGUCUCAUCCGAAAACUCUAUGAUUGCUUAAAGACCUACUUCAAAGUCUGCCACCUUACGCUUGUCGACAAACCGCGGGCUCCGUGCUCCGUUUACGAAAUUCUCGUCUGGUGCUGCGGCCUGCAGUUCAACCCCGUGUACGAGAAGCUCAAGGCGCACAUUGAAUCUGAGUUCAUGAAGGAGGACAAGCAAAGGCCUGGUACUAAAACGCUGCAGCCUUUUGAAGCGCACCCAUCUCCCUUCCAACACACGCAUAUCGACGAAGCGCUCUACAAGGUCUCAUCUGACUCCCACGCCGUCCUCACCGCUAUCCUAGGCCACGGUCACAAGGACGGAAUUUACGCCUGUGAGUUCUCCAACAACUCGAUGAAGUUAGACUACCCUAGCAAUUUGAUUCAACUGCUGUGUACGUUGUUCGACCUGCUCAAGCGCCUCUACCACCAGCUGUACUUCCUGCUGCAGCAGUGUCGGCACAAUGCUCAGCUAAGCGGCUGGAGGGAGUGCCACUACGGCAGGUACAUUGGUGGCUCAGGCUGGCAGUGCAACACAAAGCAAUGCCCUAAGCAAGACUGCGACCAAAGGCACGACCAAAGUGGCAGCCAAACGAGUGGGCAAUAUCCCAACUGCGGCGUCAAGUCGCCACUGCAAUCGUUCUUGGAGGACGGUUUGAAAGGCCACCUGCCGCAUUCGGUAGCAGCUAGGGGAUCCAGUCUGUCAUGUGGCACGUGUGGCAAUACAGCUGGUAUGCCGUGCAGAACUCCGAUGGGUUUCGCUGACAUCGGUGCCAUCGCGUCACAUACGAUGAUUGGCCGGAAUAUAUGCGAGGUGCUUUACUAUUUCUGUGGCCGUCAUAACUCCCCUCUCACUAGACUGUGCGGUUACCUCAACUGCCUGCUACCCAGUGCGCCGAAAACGCUGGCGGACAUGUUCAGCUUCUACCAUCAUCUCACCGAUCGCUGGGGUAUGCAUGGCAAUGAGCAUAAGAAAGAAGCAUUUGAAGAGAAAGUUAACGCUGCCAAUUUCGGGCGCAGUUAUGGUGAGUUCAAAGUCUACCACUUAUUUACCCCUAGUCACUCAGCAUUGAAGAAGGGCCACUCCGAUGGUAGCCUGGGCAGUCUCGUAUGCUUAUCAAGGGACUCCGUCGUAUGCGGUCCUUAUCUGCGUCCCAUCAGUCACGCCAUCUACGAGACGUUCUCGUCAGAACACGCCGAUAAGUACUUGUCGUGGAUAGUUUAUCUGACGGCAUCGUUCUACGAUCUGCUGAAGAAAUUGUAUGACGAGUGCAAUUCCAAAUGCGGUUCCAGGGGAUCGAAUUGCCACGUAAAAGCGUGCAUCAAAGAAUGUAGAACUACAUCCACCACGUAUCAACCGCCACGAUAUCACGAUCGCAACUGCAAAUCCAUUGUAAGCUGCAAUAACACGCUGCCUACAUUGGCUAAGUACGGCUUCGUUUUCGGCGAUCCAGAGAGGCUGAACGGAAGUGCAGGCAUUGAGAAGAAACGCACGUGCAGAGAUUUCUGUACAGUAUUUGCGGAGGCAUUUGAGAAGGACUCACAUCUUGUGAAGUUCUUCAAAGCCAUUGAUAAGUUCAUGUUUACCAUCCGCGCACCUUUCUUGUGGAUGAACGUGGCGCUCUGGUCGCUGUCCCUCUUCUACCUCAUCUGCGUCAUGGUUGGCAGACUGGAUGUGCUCCACAUCAAAUCACACUUACGAUCACCGUCGUCGCACAAGAUAACGGCGCAAUCAUUGUUGGCGGCAUCGCAAGUCGGAAGGCUUGCCAAGAUAUCGUACCUGCAGCCGUAA